GUGCUUUUUAGGGGAGUCCACCGGACUUGGAGUCAGUGACAAUAACCAGGGGUAGAGCGGGGCGUUUCCCAGGGGUGAGCCCAGCUCUGCAGCCUUGUGCGCAGUAGACAGCUGGUCUUAGGCUGGCCCUAUGGCCGAUUUCAGGGUCAGGGUGUCCACUGGGAAGGCCUUCGGGGCUGGCACAUGGGACAAAGUGUCUGUCAGCAUCGUGGGGACCCGGGAAGAGAGCCCCCCAAUGCCCCUGGACAAUCUCGGCAAGGAGUUCACUGCGGGCACUGAGGAGGACUUCCAGGUGACGCUCCCGAAGGACGUGGGCCAAGUGCUGCUGCUGCGCCUGCACAAGGCGCCCCCAGCGCUGCCCCUGCUCGGGCCCCUGGCCCCGGACGCCUGGUUCUGCCGCUGGUUCCAGCUGACACCGCCGCAGGGCGGCCCCCUCCUCUUCCCCUGCUACCAGUGGCUGGAGGGGGCGGGGAGCCUGGUGCUGCAGGAGGGGACAGCCAAGGUGUCCAGGGCAGACCACCACCCCCUGCUCCAGCAACAGCGCCAGGAGGAGCUGCAGGCCCGGCAGGAGAUGUACCAGUGGAAGGCUUACAACCCAGGCUGGCCUCAUUGCCUGGAUAAAAGGACAGUGAAAGACUUGGACCUCAAUAUCAAAUACUCCACAGCCAAGAAUGCCAACUUUUAUCUACAGGCUGGCUCUGCCUUUGCAGAGAUGAAAAUCAAGGGGUUGCUGGACCGCAAGGGGCUCUGGAGGAGUCUGAAUGAGAUGAAAAGGAUCUUCAACUUCCGGAAGACCCCAGCAGCUGAGCACGCAUUUGAGCACUGGCAGGAGGAUGCCUUCUUUGCCUCCCAGUUCCUGAAUGGUCUCAACCCUGUCCUGAUCCGCCGCUGUCACUACCUCCCAAAGAAUUUCCCCGUCACUGAUGCCAUGGUGGCCUCAGUGUUGGGCCCUGGGACCAGCCUGCAGGCUGAACUAGAGAAGGGCUCCCUGUUCUUGGUGGAUCACGGUAUCCUCUCCGGCAUCCAUACCAAUGUCAUUAAUGGGAAACCUCAGUUCUCUGCGGCCCCGAUGACCCUGCUGUACCAGAGCCCGGGCUGCGGGCCACUGCUGCCUCUCGCCAUCCAGCUCAGCCAGUCCCCCGGCCCCAAUAGCCCCAUCUUCCUGCCCACUGACGACAAGUGGGACUGGUUACUGGCCAAGACCUGGGUGCGCAAUGCCGAGUUCUCCUUCCAUGAGGCCCUCACACACCUGCUGCACUCACACCUGCUGCCUGAGGUCUUCACCCUGGCUACCCUGCGCCAGCUGCCCCACUGCCACCCUCUCUUCAAGCUGCUGAUCCCGCACACCCGGUACACCCUGCACAUCAACAUGCUUGCCCGGGAGCUGCUAAUCGUGCCGGGCCAGGUGGUGGACAGGUCCACAGGCAUCGGCAUCGAGGGCUUCUCUGAGUUGAUACAGAGGAACAUGAAGCAGCUGAACUAUUCUCUCCUGUGUCUGCCUGAGGAUAUCCGGACCCGAGGAGUUGAAGACAUCCCAGGCUACUACUACCGUGAUGAUGGGAUGCGGAUCUGGGGUGCAGUGGAACGCUUUGUCUCUGAAAUCAUCGGUAUCUACUACCCAAGCGAUGAGUCUGUCCAAGAUGACAGAGAGCUCCAGGCCUGGGUCAGAGAGAUCUUCUCCAAGGGUUUCCUAAACCAGGAGAGCUCAGGUAUACCCUCCUCACUGGCGACCCGGGAAGCCCUGGUGCAGUAUGUCACCAUGGUGAUAUUCAACUGCUCAGCCAAGCAUGCGGCUGUCAGUGCAGGGCAGUUUGACUCCUGUGCUUGGAUGCCCAACCUGCCACCCAGCAUGCAGCUGCCACCACCCACCUCCAAAGGCCUGGCAACACGUGAGGGCUUCAUAGCCACCCUCCCACCCGUCAAUGCCACAUGUGAUGUCAUCCUUGCUCUCUGGUUGCUGAGCAAGGAGCCUGGAGACCAAAGGCCCCUGGGCACCUAUCCAGAUGAGCACUUCACAGAGGAGGCCCCUCGGCGGAGCAUCGCCGCCUUCCAGAGCCGCCUGGCCCAGAUCUCGAGGGCCAUCCAGGAGCGGAACCGGGGCCUGGUGCUGCCCUACACCUACCUGGACCCUCCCCUCAUCGAGAACAGCGUCUCCAUCUAAACCCCAGGGGAACACAGGCCCGGAUAACAUCCCUUUGACCACGUCGCUCUAGGAUAACUGGCACCCAGAGAAAAGGACUCCUCGGAAAAACAGGCCUCCAUGUGCCUCUCCUGGGACAACCAGACUCUGUAACUCACCCCCACCACCAUACACACAAAAAAAACAGAAACAAAAUCAAAGCACAGAAAGCAAAAAACCCACCAAUAACAGUCUCAGGACAGAACCACUGAGACUUUUGGGGGCUGUAAGCCUCAAAGUGCCUGAAGAGCCCACUUGAGGGUUUUGCUAGUUGGUUUUGUUUUGCAUUUUACAACCGUGGGGGGAGGCAUAUAAUCCUGCCUGUGGGCCCACUAGCCUCCACUGAUUGGACCUUAUGGUCACCCAAACUCAAGGACAGUCACCAAGAAGUGGCUGCCAAAGAGGCCGGGCACAGUGACUCAUGCCUGUAAUCCCAGCACUUUGGGGGAUGGAGGCAGGAGAAUCACUUGAGGUCAGAAGUUCAAGGCCAGCCUGGACAACAUAGCAAGACUCCACCUCUACCAAAAAAUAAAAAUUAAAAAAC